AUGCCGACUCCAGUGAACGCAGAGCAGAUCCUCAGAGAGGUCAACAUCCACGGUGCUCUCAACGACCAGCAGCGCCAGAUUGUGUCCAAGGAUGCAUUGAUCUUCCUCGCCGUCCUCCAACGCUCCUUCAACGCACGACGAAAGUCCCUCCUCGAACGACGACAGAUCCGCCAGGCAGAGCUCGACAAGGGCACCCAGCUCGACUUCCUGCCCGAGACACGACACAUCCGCGAGAACGAUGCUUGGCGAGGCGCUCCACCAGCUCCAGGUCUUGUCGACCGAAGGCUGGAGAUUACAGGACCAACAGACAGGAAGAUGGUGGUCAACGCAUUGAACAGUGACGUCUGGACAUACAUGGCCGACUUCGAGGACUCCAAUGCACCUACCUGGGAGAACAUGGUCAAUGGCCAAGUGAACCUUCACGAUGCCAUCCGCAGGAACGUCGACUUCAAGCAGGGCGAGAAGGAGUACAAGCUUCGCACUGAUCGAAAGCUCCCGACUCUGAUUGCACGUGCCCGUGGCUGGCACUUGGAGGAGAAGCACUUGACUAUCGAUGGCGAGCCAAUGUCUGCCUCGCUCUUCGACUUUGGUCUUUACUUCUACAACAAUGCUGCUGAGCUCGUCAAGCGUGGCAGCGGCCCAUACUUUUACCUCCCAAAGAUGGAGAGCCAUCUUGAGGCAAGACUCUGGAACGAUGUCUUCAACCUCGCCCAGGACUACAUUGGCAUGCCACGAGGCACCAUCCGUGGUACCGUCCUCAUCGAGACCAUCACCGCUGCCUUCGAGAUGGACGAGAUCAUUUACGAACUCCGCGACCAUUCUUCCGGCCUCAACUGCGGCCGCUGGGACUACAUCUUCUCCGUCAUCAAGCGCCACCGCCAGAACCCCGCCUUCGUCCUCCCCGAUCGUAGCGCCAUCACCAUGACCUCCCCGUUCAUGGACGCCUACGUCCGUCUCCUCAUCAAGACCUGCCAUCGCCGCGGCGUCCACGCCAUGGGCGGCAUGGCAGCCCAGAUCCCCAUCAAGGACAACCCCGAGGCAAACGAGAAGGCCAUGGACUCUGUCCGCGCAGACAAGCUCCGCGAAGUACGAGCAGGCCACGACGGCACCUGGGUAGCCCACCCCGCCCUCGCCAAGAUCGCCGGCGAAGUCUUCAACGAGAACAUGCCCACACCCAACCAGCUCCACGUCCGCCGCGAAGAAGUCCAAGUCAACGCCAACGACCUUCUAAACAUGAACGUCCCCGGCAAAAUCACCGAAGAAGGCAUCCGCAAGAACCUCAACAUCGGCCUCGGAUACAUGGAAGGCUGGCUCCGCGGCAUCGGCUGCGUGCCCAUCAACUACCUCAUGGAGGACGCCGCCACCGCCGAAGUCUCCCGCUCACAGCUGUGGCAGUGGUGCAGACAUGGCACCGUCACGAGUGAGGGCAAGAAGAUGGAUAAGCAGUAUGCCCUCAAGCUGCUUUACGAGCAGGCCGACGAGCUGGAGAAGAAUGCGCCGAAGGAUAACAAGUAUAAGCUUGCAGCGAAGUACUUUGCGACCCAGGUGACGGGUGAGGAGUACAGUGAGUUUUUGACGAGUUUGUUGUAUAAUGAGAUUACGAGUGCGAGUGGGAAGACGCCGGCGGCGAAGUUGUAG